AUGCGCCGAUUAAUAUUAGACCUGGGCUCCAUUGGAGGACGACGCUCAGGAAGCAACGCCUCGGCCCUGAAAUAUAGAACACAGCGGACUUUUCAGCAGCAGCGGAAACAUUCUACCGAGAGCAGCAGCAACGCCAACACCAACACCAACAGUAAUAAUAAUAAUAUCACGAAACAUCUUGACUCGAAAACUACAACACCCCCCGGCACUACCGCCUCGUCCGCCGGCGCGCCCAUCCCGCCCUUGACAACAACAACAACAAUAACAACAACCGCCGGCCCUCGAAAUCGCUCUGUCCUGGAAGCGAUCAAGGCAGGCCCGCUCGGCCGUUUUGGAUCAUGGUAUUCGCGCACCCAGGACCGGCGGCCAUAUGUCACGCAGAUGGCCAGUUCGUUUGUGAUCUACCUGUGUGGAGAUCUCGGUGCGCAGCUGCUGUUUCCGAGUGAAGCGAAGCCCGCGGAUGAUACUGCUGGUGGUGGUGAUGAUAAUGAUAAGGAUAAAAAGCCGGUGAUGGUUGGAUAUGAUCCGUUGCGCACGCUGCGACAUUUGACAAUUGGCUUGACGACGAGUAUUCCGCAAUAUAAAUGGUUCAUGUUCCUCCACCACAACUUUAACUACUCCUCCAAAGCCCUCUCAAUCUUCACCAAAGUCUGCGUCCAACAAGCCGUCUUCGCUCCCGUCUUCAAUAGCUAUUUCUUCAGCGUGCAGUCCCUACUCGUCGGCGACUCUAUUGACGAAACAUGGCAGCGGCUGAAACGUGCACUGCCGAGCAGUUUGUGGAACAGCGUCAAGCUGUGGCCCGCCGUGGUCACGUUUAGCUUUUUGUAUGUUCCGCCGCAGUUUAGGUCUGUGUUUGGUGGGGUUAUUGCAAUUGGGUGGCAGACGUAUCUGAGUUGGUUGAAUCAGAGGGCUGCGCGUGAGGUUGCGGCGCGUGAGGCGGAGGCGGCGGCGAUGGCUGUUGCUGGGGGAUUGGAUGCCGUGCCUAUUGCGUCGCCGGCGGUUUGA